AUGAGAUUGUCUUUGGAUACAGAAGAAAAACUAACCAUAACCUUGAGAUUCCUGGCAACUGGUAAAAAUUUUGAAGAGUUACACUUUGAAUAUAUGAUGGGGAGCAGGACCGUAUCAGCCGUAGUUAAGGAAACCUGUACAACAAUAUGGGAAGUUUUUCAACCUUUGGAAAUGAAGCCACCAUCUUCAAAAGCACAAUAUGUUGAUUUGACCAUUGACUACUCUUAUUCCCAAAAGAAAAAACAUGUAAACCGCAUUUGUGCUCAAACAAUGGACAGAUUCUCCCAGUUUCACCUGAAUAUAUUAGAAGGUAUUCUGAUGCCCAUGAUGCCAUCUAAUUUAUAA